AUGAUCUCUGGCAUCCCUGAAAUGCAACCGAACGGAGGCGUGGGUCUUCCAGCCGGCAGGUCCACGGCUGGCAGGCCUGUGCCCUCCGGUUACGAGGAGGAGGAGGCUGCCAAAGACCAUGGGCUGAAACAAUCACCAGCGCAGCCUCCAGGCCGUCUGCCCAGCAUCGAUGAGACCCGACCAGACGGCACGGGCCCGGCCUCCCGCCGUGGCUGCGUGCUAGGUCCCGCCUCGUCCUUUUCGCGCCGCAACUCGCGGGCCGGGCCAGGCGCAGGUCUUCGGGGUCGGCGCCCAUCCCUGGGCCCCUUGCCCCCUCUAGGCUCGUGGGUCAGCUCCUCUGGCUUACCCCUGGCGACCGCCCGCUGAGCAGCGCCCUCGUACCGCACGGAGUCGGCGCCAGGGGAGCGCGGUGAGGCCGCGUACACACAGCAGGCCCUGGAAGCGGCGUUGGAGGCAGGAUUGCGCGAAGCGUGCUCCUCCCACGCCGAGGCCGGGCGCCUGCGCGAGCUCAGCCCGCCGCGCUACAAGCUGGUGUGCAGCGUGGUGCUGGGGCCGCGCGCCGGACAGGGCAUGUGCGUGGUCAACCGCGCGCUCUAGGACUGGGCCCGCGACAGGCUGGCCACGGCCACGGUCACCAACGCCUCCUUCUUCCCUGUGGCCACGGUCCACAGGCUCUACUGCGAGUGAGGACUCCCCCGAGUUUUGCAAAAACGGUUUAUUAUACCAGGAGGAGGCCCUCC